AUGGAAUGACCAAUGAUAAGGCUUAAGAAAGUAUCCAUAGAUAGAGUCAUGUUUCCUUUAUCGGAGGAAUUUCCAUAGGAAUUGUGAUUUCCUUACUCUAUAAAAUGGAAAUUUAAUGAGAUAGGAAAGUUACCCAAAUCCAGUCACCUACCCAAAAUAACGAGUCUGUAUCUUAUUUAACCUCUUCCUCUUCAUUCCCUUCUGAGUCUUCUUCUCUGUCUUGGUCUCUCUCUGUCUCUUAUCACUGCUUUGCUCCCUUCAUAAAUCAUAGAUAGCAAAGAAUGGAGAUUAAUCUGAGAUACUUUUGGGUUGUGAUAUUGUUGUGGUUUGUACUGAGAAGCGACAAUGGUGAUCAUAUGUGUGUGGAAGCAUCGCACAAGGUUUACCCAGAGUUGCAGUCAAUUCAAGCCGAAAUCGUCAGCCCACUUUACAGAACCGCUUAUCACUUUCAACCUCCUAAGAACUGGAUUAACGAUCCAAAUGGACCUAUGUAUUACAAUGGCAUCUACCAUCUGUUUUACCAGUAUAACCCCUAUGGCUCAGCCUGGGGCAACAUUGUAUGGGCCCAUUCCAUAUCAUUUGAUAUGAUCAACUGGAUCCAACUUAACCCAGCCAUAUAUCCUUCCAAGCCAUUUGAUGUAAAUGGAUGCUGGUCUGGAUCAGCCACAAUCCUCCCUGGAAACAAACCAGUCAUCCUCUACACUGGAAUUGAUGGCCAAAAGAGGCAGGUCCAGAACAUAGCAUUGCCAAACAACCUCUCUGACCCAUACCUCAGGGAGUGGACAAAGCCUGAUUUCAACCCAUUGAUAGUGCCCACCAUUGACCAGAAUGUGACCGCGUUUCGUGACCCGACCACCGCAUGGUUAGGCCAGGAUGGAUAUUGGAGAGUCUUGGUGGGCAAUAAGAGGAAACAUAGGGGAAUGGCUGCCUUGUAUAAGAGUAGAGAUUUCAAGCAUUGGUGGAAGGUACAACACCCUUUGCACUCAUCAGCUGAUACUGGUAUGUGGGAGUGUCCAGAUUUCUAUCCAGUUGCUUUGCAAGGGGAGUUUGGGUUAGAGACAUCUGUGAAUGAUGUUGGAAUCAAGCAUGUAUUGAAGGUGAGCCUUGAUAACACCAGGUAUGAAUACUACACAGUGGGAAAAUAUUUCGCUGAUAAAGACCAGUAUGUGCCUGAUAACACAUCUGCUGAUAAUGCAAUGGGGCUGAGAUAUGAUUAUGGUAAUUUCUAUGCAUCAAAGACUUUCUUUGAUGCUGGUAAGAACAGAAGAAUCUUGUGGGGAUGGGCAAAUGAAUCUGAUACUCCCGAUGAUUCUACUGCCAAAGGAUGGGCUGGUAUUCAGACAAUUCCAAGGAAAGUAUGGCUUGAUGAAUCUGGAAAGCAAUUGUUGCAAUGGCCGAUCAAUGAAAUCGAAACUCUUAGAGGAAAAAGUGUUCAAUUGGGAACAGUUCAUCUUGCGAAGGGAGGACUUGUCGAAGUUAAACCAAUCACAGCAGCACAGGCUGAUGUUGAGGUUACCUUCCACAUAAACAAUUUAGACAAGGCUGAGCCCUUUGAUCCUACUUGGGUUGAUCCCCAACAACUCUGUGGCCAAAAGGGAGCUACUGUUCAAGGUGGGUUUGGACCAUUUGGGCUGCUGACAUUGGCUUCCAAAAAUCUAGAGGAGUACACAUCAGUUUUCUUCAGAGUUUACAAAGCUAAAGACAAGCAUAUGGUGCUUAUGUGCUCUGAUCAAAGCAGUUCAUCACUAAGGCCAGAAGUAUAUAAACCAUCCUUUGGAGGUUUUGUGGAUGUAGAUUUGACUAAGGGGAUGAUAUCUCUCAGGAGUUUGAUUGAUCAUUCUGUUGUGGAAAGUUUUGGAGCUGGAGGGAAGACAUGCAUCACAUCUCGAGUUUAUCCAUCUCUAGCAACUAAUGAGGAUGCACACUUGUUUGCCUUCAACAAUGGGACUGAAGCUGUGGAAAUCUUGAAGCUGAGAGCAUGGAACAUGCACAGACCUCGGAUGAACUAAUUAAUAAGAGAUUUGAAUAGACUAGAUUUAGGCUAUUUAGAUGUUUAGAAAUAAAACAAACCAUUGACAAUCAUUUGAUGGUUGUUAGAUCUUUGUUUUAGCAGUUUAACUAGAUUUCAGAACAUUUCAGUAGAAUAGACUCUUUAGUUAAUCAUCAAUUUGCUUUGCUACUUCUAUUAUUGUAUUUCUUUUCUGAUGAUAGUUUCAAUCUCUUGCCCAUGGGCAUCUUGGCCGUCA